AUGGACCAGGAGAUAAAUUCGGCUGAAAUAGACAAUGGGUAUAUGAUGAAAACAUUUAAGCAUCAUGAUGCUAUUACCGAAACUGUACCGGGCAAGUUUCUAUAUUCAAAAAUCUAUCUGUCCAAACAUAAAGCCAAUGAUAAACAAUAUGCAGUGAAAAAAAUCUGCAUUAAUGAAAUGCCAGAAUUUAAUGGAAAUAAUAUCAAUCAGAUAUAUAAUACAAUAAAACGUGGAAUAAAAUUGUGGUCGCGAUUGGAUUCAGAUUUUUUUGUCCGAUACUAUUAUUCGUGGUUAUCGUUGGAAACAAAUAAAUACUAUUUUCACAUUCAAAUGGAUUUAUGUUGGUAUUCAUUGGAUGAGUCUAUCAAACAAAUGCACAAUUAUUUCAAGGAUACUAAACCUAAAACUGGUUGGCCAUCGGUUGGCUAUUAUAUGGCUGGCGAACUGUUUUCGGAAAUAUUAGAGGCAAUCAAUUAUUUACAUAAACAAGGAAUUAUUCACCGGAGUAUUAAACCGUCGAAUAUAUUGAUUAUUAAUAACAAUAAUCACAAGUUUAUCAAAUUGGCUGACUUUGGUUACGCCACUGAACACGAAACCAGUUCACAGUCGCAUACAAUGCUUGCGAUUGAUGAUAAAUAUAUGGCACCGGAAGUCAAACGUAGCCGAAAAUAUUGCAUGAAAUCCGAUAUGUAUAGUAUCGGCGGUAUUGCACAGGACUUGUUUAAUGUCGAUAUCAAUAGGUUCGUAUGA